GUUGUUGUCUGAAUUGUAAAUUACACAAUAUUUAGGCAAAAGGUCAAGAUUUAGCGUUUGAGACAGAUAGCAUUAGGAUAUUUGUGAAAGACGCACCAAAGUUCACACUCCAUUCAUACCGAUACCCGGGCCGUCGUGGACGUGAGUAGGAAUCACCAUUAUGUCACUUAUCAGAAAUGUGUUCAUUGUGUCUGCUAAGCGCACCCCGUUUGGCACCUACGGUGGGGUGCUGAAGGACCACAGUGCCACAGACCUGGCAGAGCAUGCCUCCAAGGCAGCACUUGCCGCUGGUGGAGUGGCGCCAGAGCUUGUCAACAGUGUCAUAUUUGGAAAUGUCAUGCAGAGCUCUGCAGAUGCUCCAUACAUUGCCCGUCACGUAGGCCUGAGAUGUGGGGUUCCCAUCCCUGUGCCGGCACUCACUGUGAACCGCCUGUGUGGAUCCGGCUUUCAGUCCAUCAUCAGUGGAGCUCAUGAAAUCUGUCUGAAGGAAUCUGAGGUGGUACUGUGUGGAGGCUCGGAGAGCAUGAGUCAGGCACCGUAUGCCGUCCGCAACAUCCGCUUCGGAACCAAGUUUGGACUCGACCUCAAGCUGGAGGACACUCUGUGGGCAGGGCUUACUGACCUACACAUAAAGAUCCCCAUGGGCAUCACAGCAGAGAACCUGGCAGUGAAAUAUGAGAUCAGCAGAGAAGACUGUGACAAAUACGCAUACCAGACACAGCAGAGGUGGAAGGCAGCUCAGGAGGCAGGCCACUUCACGGCAGAGAUUGCACCCAUUGAUGUGAAGGCAAAGAAGGGCAAAGUACCCAUGACCCAGGAUGAGCACCCUCGCCCCCAAACCUCCCUGGAGCAGAUGGCUAAGCUACCCCCUGUCUUCAAGAAAGAAGGAACCGUCACCGCCGCCAAUGCAUCAGGUGUUUCUGAUGGAGCUGCUGCUGUGGUGAUAGCAAGUGAAGAAGCUGUGAAGGAGCACAAUCUCAAGCCAUUGGCCAGAAUAGUGGCCUAUCAUGUCUCAGGCUGUGACCCAAGCAUUAUGGGAAUUGGCCCAGUACCUGCAAUCACUGAAGCUCUGAAGAAAGCAGGUCUAACCCUCCAAGACAUGGAUCUGGUGGAGGUGAAUGAGGCUUUUGCUGCUCAGUACCUCUCAGUGGCCAAGGCGUUGGGCCUGGACCCAGCAAAGAGUAAUGCUGAUGGUGGGGCUAUUGCCAUCGGUCAUCCUCUGGGAGCCUCUGGGGCACGCAUCACUGCCCACCUGGUUCACGAGCUCAGGCGGAUAGGGGGAAAGUACGCUGUGGGAUCAGCCUGCAUUGGUGGUGGACAGGGCAUCGCCAUCAUCAUAGAGAGCACUCAUUGAGGAAGAGUGCAAACCAUACACAUCCUGAACAGACCGUACCAUCAACACUCAAGUACACCUCCAGUACUAUCCACAGAAUACCUGCCAUGUUGAUGCUUAAAUUCAAAAUCUUAUUUUUUUUCCAAUGCAGAGUGAAAUCACCAGAUUGCGUAUCAAUUUGAAAUGUAUGAAUAUUCACUGUCCCAAAACAUUUUCAUCUGCAUUUGAAACAACUCUAGACUGUUCCAUCUUUAUUCAAAGAAAUACACACAAUUCGUUUCAGUCAUUAACUCCGGAAAACAAUGUCUUUUUACCUAAAUAUAGAAACAAGGGUGUUUCUGUAUUAAGUGAGAAAAAAAAAUUCAUUGAAAAACUGUCUUCUUGGAGUUUUAUUUUGCCUUAUGUUCACAAAUAGAAGCAAUACUGUUGGUAUCUGCUUAAAGAGGCCUUGUGUACACAAUGUUAACUAAUAGUGAUAACAAAGAUGCCUAAUUUCACCCAUGUGUGGAUGUAAGCAAUCUAGCAAGUGCUAUGUAGAGACUGCCUAUCCACUAUGGGCUGGGAGCUAAAGAGACUUUAGGUUAAUAGAAAAGUGAUGUCUGUAUGUGCAUUAUAUUCAGCUUACCAUCCUGUUCAUAUCUCCUAACCCCAAGCCAUGCUUGCAUUGCCCACAUUAAAUAAUGAAUGUGUUAUUGUGGUAUAUGUUUCCGUUCAUAAGACUCUGGUUCAAGUUUAGGUAACAUGCGUUUUGGGGAGGGAUGGAAUAAGAUGUGCUUUCUACACAGCCUCUCUCCUUUCAAAUAUGAAUUAUCACUCCAUUGGGAUUAAUAUUUUCAUCAUUAAAAAACUUUUUUUUUUGGAUGAAUUUGCCCUUAAUAUAUUUUUAAGACAUGUUGAUAUGUACACUGUUAGGAUGCCUGUAAAGCUUUUUUUCCCCUAAUUAAAUAAUCUCCCAAUUAAAUUUC